CACGUCACUUCGAAUUAAACUUCAUUCACAAUUGCUCCCGCGGAACCUUCCCUCUUUACACGUUUCUAACCGACUUGUUUAACACGCGGACUCAUUCCUUGUUUAACGGCAGCAAAAAUGUGAUUCACACUCUUCAUCAACAUCUCGCCGAUUUAACGACGAUAUAAACAGAUGCGAUCGUUGUUGACAUGGAGUUAACGUAUCGUAGCGGCGGUCUGAAUAUAUUUUUUUCAAUUGAGUAAAUGCUAGGAUGCUGCCAAAAGACGGUUUGCUCGCGACGAUGCUAAUGACUUUAUCGGACACAGUCGAAAUGUUAACGUUUCUGUGUUUAUAAAAUAGCAGCUCAGCUAAACAGCAGUGAUCUUUUCCGUCUGUCUCCAUCCCGAACCCCAGCCUGUGAUCUAAAACAGCACACAGUAUGCCUAACGCCAGUGCAAAGUCAAAACAUGGCAGAAGGACCCGAAGGCGACGCAGAGAGGACCCUGCCAGGAACGAGCUGGUCUCAAGUUCCCUAGAAAGUGCUCAGCAGUGCCUGUUCAACCAGGAUUAUGGAACUGCCUUUGUACACUACCUCCUGGUCCUCAACCUCGCACCUAUGUUUAAGGACUUUGCAAGGGAGUCCUUUAGGUUCACUCUCUUCAAAUGGACAGAAGAGCUGGACUCUGUCGGCCGCAUUCAGGACCUCUUUGACUGUUACGAACAAGCGCUGGAACUGUUUCCUGCUGAUGAAGUUAUCCUGAACAGCAUGGGCGAACACCUGUUCAGAAUGGGCUUCAGAGACGAAGCUGCGGGUCAUUUCCAUAAAGCCUUGAAGCUGAGACCAGACUAUCCAGAGGCCAGGGAGAACUUCUACCGUGUGGCCAACUGGCUGGUGGAGCGCUGGCAUUUCUUAAUGCUCAACGACCACGGGAGGAACCGCAAGUACCAGCAAGCCAUUCAGAAGGCUGUCCAGAGCGGCUGCAACACUGUACUUGACAUAGGUACUGGCACUGGGAUCCUUGGUAUGUGUGCAAAGAAGGCAGGAGCUGCUGAGGUGUACGCCUGCGAGCUGUCGAAGACGAUGUAUGAAUUGGCCUGUGAGGUUUUGACCGCUAAUGGAAUGGACGGUAGCAUCAAGAUCGUCCAUAUGAAAUCUCUGGAGAUGGAAGUGCCAAAGGACAUCCCACACAGGGUAUCUUUGGUGGUGACAGAGACGGUAGACGCAGGGUUAUUUGGAGAGGGCAUCAUAGAGAGUCUCAUUCAUGCCUGGCACCACCUCCUGCUCCCUCCACAGCGAGGUGAGAAUGAAUUCCAGGAGCAGUCUGCAACAGGACGGGUCAUCCCUGCUGGAGCUACUGUGUUCGGUAUGGCUGUCGAGUCCCUCGAGAUCCGCAGGCAUCACAGGCUUUGUGUAUCAGAGGUGGGCAGUCUGUCCAUAGCUGCAGCCGGGGAGCUCCGCAGCCCGGUGAGCUGCAGCUCUGAGCCGGAUGACUCCAUGGAGCCGUACACCACAGAGAGACUAAGCAGACUGCCAGGAGGAUAUAAACCUCUCACGGAACCGUUCACGGCCCUUAACAUAGAUUUCAACAACGUGCAGGACCUGGAGGGGCUGAGCUCCAGAGAGGUUCAGCAGAUCCGCCUGCCUGUCACUCAGGAAGGGGAGCUGGACGCUCUGGCUGUGUGGUUCCAACUCCACCUGGAUGAGGAGAGCAGUCUGUCCACUGGACCCCAGGAGGACACCUGCUGGGAGCAAGCCAUCUACCCUGUCCACAUAGCCAAGGGUUUUGUCCUAAAACCUCAGGACGAGCUGAUUGUUGAAGUCUCCUGCAGAGACGCCUUCCUGAGGCUCUGCAGUGUCGCUGUGCUGAGAGACGAGCAUGUAAUCCGUCUAGACAAGCGUCUGGAUUCGCAGGACUCUGGAAACCCCAUUUCAAAUCUAAACCCAGAGGCAGAACUGUGCAGUGCACUCGCAUGUCUUCAGACUGACCAGAAUCAAACGAAAGACUUCUGCAUGCUGGAGUGCUCAGAAAUGGCGCUCCUGAACAAUCGGGACUACCAUCAGAGUUUCUGCACUGCGUUGGCCAAACUCAUCUCUGAGCUGAAGGUGAAAUGCCAAAACAAAGAGCCAGGAUCAGCUGAUCAGUCUGACUCCACAGACUGUAGCAACCUGCUCUAUGUCCUCGAUGUGUCAGAGGGCUUCUCUCUGCUCUCCCUCAUCGCUGCCAGCCAAGGUCAUGUCAAAGCGUACAGCUCUGUGGAAAAAAAACCCCAACAGGAAGUCCUAAAAAGACUGGCUCGCUCCAAUAAUGUCCCAGAACAACAUCUAGAGUUCUGGCUCAACCACAUGGAGGAUGAGCAGGGGAUGCUGAAGAGGCCGUCCAGAGAGAAGCUGUGGAGCGCCAUCAUGCUGGACUGUGUGGAGACCUGUGGUCUCAUUAGACAAAAGUUGAUGGAAAAAGCUUCACUGGCCAGGUGUUUGCUAGAAGAUGGAGGUCAAAUUUUCCCAGCAAAGAUUGUAGUUCACGGUAUGCUGGUGGAGUCGGACACAUUGCUGCUGGAAAGUGCAGUCCAGGGUCAAGAGCCGACACUGGGGUUCAACAUUGCACCUUUCAUCAACCAGUUUACUGUACCGGUCCAUGUGUUUUUGGACUUUUCCACACUGGAGUGCAGACAUCUCAGUGAGUCUGUGGAGCUCUUUGUUCUUGACCUAAUGGACUCCACCGCAAACUACACUAACAGAGACGUAAAGGUCCAGGUGACAUCUGCAGGCAAAAUAACUGCAGUUCCCUUCUGGUACCACAUCUACCUGGACCAGGAGAUCAGUGUCAGCACCCUCAGCCAGAACUCUCACUGGAAGCAGGCAGCUGUCGUGCUACAGCAGCCCCUUGAGGUACAAGCCGGAGACUGGGUUCAGCUCGCUGUGAAGCUUCAUAAGAGCACCAUCUCCAUAUCAGCUCAUAUCGAUAACACACCCAGGACAAUGGAACAGUAAUCUCUUACACUGUAUUUUUUCCAGUUGAUUUCAUUUGUGUAUUUUAAGCCUCAAUUAUAGAGGCUAUUGACACAAGGGGGAAUGAAUUGAAUACUACACAUUCUUUUUCUGGUAUCAUUUACAGAUGUACCUCCUCCAGUGUCAUUCUUCAUAAAAGUUAUACAAACCUUCAGUUUUCCAAUGACAAUUUGUAGAAGCAUGAGCCACAACUUUGCAAGUAUCAGCGGGUUAUCACAGUCAUAAAGAAUUUGUAACAAUGGACCUUCAAUUCAUGUUUUUAUCUGUAAAUUGUGCUAUAAGAUCAUAUGGCAG